GAUUUUUAUCAAAGAUUGGAAUAUUUUGUUUAUGACAUAUGACCCACUAAUUCAGUAAAUACUUGAAGAAGUCUAAUCACCUACAUUAACAAAUUGCUAUUCUUAAUAGAAGGCCGAGUCUACAUGGGACUGGAUUGAACUAUAAAUAAAAGUUAGGGUAAAAAUUGAAUCUUCAAGAAGAAAAAACAAGGGGAUUAUAAAACCAAUAUAAGAAGUCAGCCAACAAUUCUAGGGCGCAAAAGAAGAUACAUAGCUCAAGAACAGGGUUCUUCCUUCCUAUUUCUGCUGUUUCUGGGUUCAAUUUGCUCAAUCUUUUAAGGAGAAAAUAUGGAACAAUAUGUCAAGGUAGAGAAGCCUAAAGUUGAAACACCAAUUGAUGAGAAUGAGAUUCGUAUUACAAGCCAAGGAAGAAUGCGGAAUUAUAUUUCCUACGCCAUGACUCUUCUUCAGGAAAAGGGCUCUGAUGAAAUUGUGUUCAAGGCCAUGGGAAGAGCAAUUAACAAGACUGUGACAAUUGUGGAGCUCAUUAAGAGAAGAAUUGUCGGUCUGCAUCAGAUCACAUCAAUUGGAUCCACAGGUAUCACUGAUACAUGGGAGCCAAUUGAGGAAGGCCUUCUCCCCAUUGAAACCACAAGGCAUGUGUCAAUGGUAACUAUAACUCUUUCAAAAAAGGAGAUGAAUACAUCAGCUGUUGGGUAUCAACCUCCAUUGCCUACUGAUCAAGUGAAAGCCUUUAAUGAUUAUGAUUAUGACAGAGACGGCUCUCCGAAUAAUCGAGGUAGGGGUCGCGGUGGUAGAGUAAGAGGAAGGGGAAGAGGCAGAGGUCCAGCUGGCAAUGGAUUAAUGUCUACUGAGUAUGAGGAUGGUGGCUGGGAUCAGAACAGAGGUUAUUCCAGGGGUAGGGGCAGAGGCAGAGGUCGUGGCAUCCGUGGUCAUGGACGGGGAGGGUACAGUUACAACAGUUCUAUGGUUGACCCUCAGGAAAAUGCAGGUGGUUACAUUCGUGGACCUCCGUUUCCAGGCCGUGGCCGUGGUCGUGGGAGGGGUGGAGACCGUGGAAGGGGUGGUGGCCGUGGUGGACGCUCCAAUAGCCCGGCUCAGAGUGCAGCGGUAGGUGGUGCUUAAAUGCUCGUCCUUCAAACAGAAAAACUGCAGGGUGUUCUUGUUUUGAACAUGUUAAAUGCCUGCUUCGUCAUCUGUUUGACAUUGGCCUUUUUGUUUCGUCAACAAAAUUUACUUAGGACUUCAUGAAUGUGUACCAUUUAUAGACUAGUUUAGAUAAAAGUUUGGGCAAUAUUUGGUUCCUUUUCUCUCUUAGAAAGUAGGAUGAGUUUGUUUCGGAUAAUUGUAAUUCUUCCCAUACAUUGGCGAGCAGUGCAUUCUUUUAUUUGUUAAUGUCAGUAGAAUUCAUUUUGUUAUA